AUGUAUUGUCUCCGCCACCUUGCAACACUUUUCCUUUUUACGGCUCUAUCGCAAGCCGCUCCUCAGAAUGACGACAAAAAGCUUCAACAAAGAGAGCCUGGAGAUAUCCCAAAGAUGCCCAGAGGUUUUGGCGAAGAUGUGGUGACACAUCCGGCCGUCUUGGUGACGACGACGACCAACUACAAGACCAUGCCCGCGGGCACUUACACGGAGACGAUAUCCGAAGGCGCGAUUAGAGUGAUUGUCGUUGUCGAUGCUACUACAACAAGCAAGGCAGAAUGUCCGGCAGAGUGUGAUUGCUCUAGGAUAAAGGACAAGGAGAGCGACGAGUACUUUCAAUGCAUCACAAACCCCAACUGCCGCCCAUGCAGAGAACCCGGGCUCACGUCGACAUCCUCAUCGCCCAGUCCCACGCCUACAUGUCCCAGCUACUGCGACUGCUCCAAGAUCAAGGACAAAGAGAGCGACGAGUAA